CACAAAAUCACAAGAGACAACAGCGAAAGGGCAAAUUCAAGAUUCUUUCUUCUUUUGUUGAGAAUCCUAGAGAUAGCACACCAUGGCCAACGAAGAUAUUCCCGUAGCUCAAGCAGUGCCUGCUGCAGACUCCCAACUUGUGCAAGUGAUAGCUCCUGCGACGCUGGAUGCAGGCUACUCUUUCAUGGCGAAAGUGGAUGGUAAGACAGUUUCCAUCACAGUG